AUGUCUUCCAGUCAGGACGAGGCGGACAUUUUCGCAACGCUGUUGCAAGACAAGCUGGACAAACAGAUGAAUGAGCUUGUCAAGCGCCUGCACGGUGUGUUCUCUCAAGAGUUGGACGUCGGCCUGGAAAAAUUGUGGGAUCGCUUGCAGCACUUGCACUCGUUGAGACCAGGCAGUACCUGCGUUUCGGAAAAGUCCGAAAGUUCCACAAGUUCUGAUGCGGUCCACGUCGGCGGCACGGAAGAUUUCGCCAGUUUUGCAGCUCCUCAUUGUGUUCUUGAGCCCGCAAGCAACAUGCAGGACGAUGUGUUUCCUGGCGUGCGCGAACCAGUGGAAUCCCAAGCUGCUUCUGGGGAACGCCCUUCAUCCAUUCUCGAAGUUCCCAAGUUGCGUCGACGAAGCACGAUCUGCGGAGACCCAGGAAGGAUAGCCCAAGUUGGUGCAGCAGAGAUUCGUCAUAGUCUUUUGCAUUCCGUAGCUGAGCUUGAUGUACCAGAUGGGAGUCAUCAAACGUUUCGGCAAUCGGUCCUGGCGAUGCUGGCAUCACCUGCGUCGAUGCAGACAGAUAGCUGGGAAGUGGAACAUGGACACCACACUCGUCUCACGAGCAUGCGAAUCAGUUUGCAGCGGAAGAUUGUCGAAACAACAUGGUUUGAAGGUUUCGUGGUGUGCUGCAUUGGCCUGAACACGAUCAUGAUUGGAGCCGCCAGUGAUUGGAACCUCAAGCACAUAAACCAGGAAGAGCCCAAACAUUUUCGAAUAGCAGAAAGACUCUUCGCGGGAAUUUUCGCCUUUGAACUUCUCGUGCGAGUGGCUGCAUACGGCCCAGCCUUCUUCUGGCGAAUGGAUUGGCAGUGGAAUUAUUUUGACGUGGUGAUUGUCAGUGUGCAAGUUUUUGAAGAAGUAUCCACUCUGCUAGGGGAGGAUCAUCAGGGAGAAAUCCAGCUCAGCACAUCGUCAAGUGCAAUCCGAAUCAUACGGACGUUCCGGCUGUUGCGCAUCCUGCGAAUCGUUCGACUGCUGCGCUUCAUCCAGGAGCUUCGAUCCAUGCUGUUCUCGAUUUUUUCUACUCUUCGAGCCCUUGGCUGGACUAUGGUGCUUCUGGCCAUGAUCAUUUUCGCGGCGGCAGUUUUCUUCGCACAGUUUAUCAUUGAUGCUGGAGCUCUGAACAAGGAGCUCAUGCUGCAGCACCCCGAACUGCAGUUCUACUUCUCGGACUUAUCUCGCACGAUGCUGUCUUUGUACCAGUCGAUGACGGGCGGACUCAGUUGGGACUUGGCUUUGCGACCACUGGCUGACACUGCCGGAGCUUGGAUCGGAAUUCCCUACGCACUUUACGUGGCCUUUGUGGUUCUCGCUCUUAUGAACAUUGCGACCGGAAUGUUUGUGCAGGCUUCUUUAAGUGCUCACGAGCGGCAGAGGGAGAAGGAGAUUCGAAGGCAACUGCGGCUGUUGUUUCGCAAAGCCGAUCUCAAUCAAGAUGGCGACCUCACAAUGGAAGAGUUUGAUCGCUUCAUAGAGAGCGAGGAGCAGUCGAAGUACUUUCUUAGUGCCCUGGGCAUGGAGGCACAAGAAGCACGAGGCCUGUUCCUGCUGCUGGACACCACGGGGUCUUCAAAGGUGAGCUUCGAUGAACUUCUGGACGGCGUCCUGCGCCUGCGGGGCCCUGCCCAGGCAAUUGAUCUGGCCACAUUGAUGUACUGCAACAAGCGCAUGAUUUCAUGGCUUCGAGAGAGGCUCAGUGCAGUGCAAGAGUCUCUGGACGUGAUCCACGCGCAGCAUGGGCACGGAGAGCCUCGGACUUCACGGCCACGUAAAGUGAGUGUUUAUGCUAGCUGGAAGGAGGUCAUGACGCGAGUUGCUGAUGAGUGA